CGCUUGUAAAGAACGAGAAAUUAUGCUAAAUAACAAAGCUUCAAAUUGACAUCGAGUGUUUUUGUACACGUUUUUUGACACAAUUGUCCGAAUCAUGAAAAUGGACCAGUAACAUUUUAGAAGGAAGUCUGGGACCUUGACUGUGUGUGAAAAUGGGCGGAAAUAAAAGGAAUACAGUCAGGUGGACAGACACGCCAAAGGAAACAAACGCAUUCGGAGAGCAGCGGAGAUCCUGAAAAGCAAAACGAAUCUUCCAAUAAAACGGUGACAAAACCGCGUAGAAAACCUAAAAAUGAUCAAUCACAGCCGAGAAGAAUGGCAUUGGCUAUUGUUUUUGUAUUGGUUAUAAUGUUAGGAGGAACUGUAUACAUGUUUUACCAAAUGUACCUGCAGGAGUUAGUUGUUACCCCACUCAACGUACCAAAAAUGAUUUCACAGAAUGUGUCAUCUGUUAUGGUAAACCCUGAAAAAUUUUGGGGAACCUAUCGAUCUAAUCUUUAUUUUGGCCUUAAAACACGUUCUCCAACAUCCCCAGUGGUAGGAUUGAUGUGGUUAGAGCAGUCGGGAAAUAUGGAGAUUCGGCACUGGUGUAGUCAGGAUGACAGAUUGCCACAGUAUGGAUGGCUUAAACAUGAUGGGACUAAUUUUGGUAUCCAAGAUGUAGUAGAGAGACAUUUUAAUGUAACAACAUCUUUUGUCAAGCAGCCAGGAGGGGAACAUGGUGGGGACUGGACAGCUCGUAUUUCAGCAAUUCCAAAAGAUGUCAACAGACCUGUUUUAGUAUCUCUCAUGUUUUAUAUUGCCUUAGAUGGACAAGGCACACUAAAUCCCAAUAUAGCAAGGACCAGGAUGGAUGCAGUCAGUGGACAUUCUGUUGAGCUUGGAAACUUUAAAUUAUCAUUCCCAAAAGCCAUGAAAGGUGUAGGAGUUAAAUACAACCAUCUUAUUUCAUAUGCCUCUAGGCUGGACAAGCUUAAAGAUUUGUUACAAAAUUCUCUGAGGACAGAUAGCUUUGAUAAAGGAAGAACGAUUCCGUACCUUACUUUAGCAGGACGUCUGCUUCCAAAAGAUAGCCCAGCUCCAAAUUUCAUAGUUCACCAGGUUACAGCGCAAUUACCAUUAGAAAUGGAGGUUGUGUUUGAGUCAGGGAGCAAUUAUAAUCGCCAUGAUUCCCUUCAAGGUGAACUGUACACACACAAACUUGAAAAAUUCUCAAAAAGUUUCGACAAUAAAUUCUCUGAAGUAUUCAAUUUAGAAAACAAAAAAUACAAUGGACAUGAAAUUGCUUUUGCAAAAGCAGCACUAAGUAAUAUGAUAGGCAGCAUUGGAUAUUUCUAUGGGUCUUCCAUAGUGCAAUCAAAGUACAACAAAGAGCCCAUUUAUUAUUGGCCUGCUCCUCUAUACACAGCAGUUCCUUCCAGAUCCUUCUUUCCAAGGGGAUUUUUAUGGGAUGAAGGUUUCCACAAUCUUCUUAUAAGUCAAUGGGAUCCUGAUAUAGCAAAGGACAUUAUUGCUCAUUGGUUGGACUUGCUUAACAUUGAAGGAUGGAUUCCAAGAGAACAGAUUCUUGGUGUUGAGGCCAGAGCCAGGGUUCCAGAUGAGUUUGUAGUUCAGAGAAAUGAGAAUGCUAAUCCACCUACAUUAUUUUUACCACUUCAGCGUUUAAUCAAAGACAUGAUAACCAGUCAUGAUCCGUCAGACAAACAGUUCUUGAAAACAGUGUUUCCUAGAUUACAAAAGUGGUUUAGCUGGUUUAACACAACACAAGUAGGAAGUGAACCACUAACUUAUUACUGGAGAGGGAGAGAUGAUAAGACAAAUAGAGAAUUAAAUCCUAAAACUCUAACAUCAGGCCUGGACGACUAUCCUAGAGCAUCUCACCCCAACUCAAAGGAGAGACACGUAGACUUGAGGUGCUGGAUGGCACUGGCAUCAGGGAUUCUAGCUGACAUCGCAAAGGAACUUGGGGAGAACGGGAAGGAGUACGAGGCUACACACAAGGUUCUGACAGAUAAUGAUCUCCUGGACAAACUGCACUGGUCACCGAAGAAGGAACGUUACUGUGACUAUGGACUUCAUUCAGACAGAGUUCUCCUAAUGAAACCCAAACCACCAAAAAAUUUACAGCCAGGACAACCCUUCAAUCAAGACAAGAUCCGAGAUGUGAAGACACCACCCCAGAUGCAGUUUGUAGAGUCUUUUGGAUAUGUUUCUUUAUUUCCACUAAUGUUAAAAAUAGUAGAGCCAAGUUCUUUAAAACUUUAUAAAAUCUUGAAUGACCUCACCAAUACAGAAUUGCUGUGGACUAAUUAUGGACUUCGAUCUCUAGCUAGGAAUGCUCCUCAAUAUCAAAAAAGAAACACUGAACAUGAUCCUCCCUAUUGGAGAGGGGCUAUCUGGAUUAAUAUGAACUACCUUACUCUAAGUGCUUUACAUCACUAUUCAAACACUCCAGGUCCCUACCAGCAGUUAGCACAGGGAAUCUAUAAGGAUCUACGUGCAAAUGUAGUCAAUAAUAUAAUAAAAGAAUACUAUAGGACAGGCUAUGUUUAUGAACAGUAUAAUGAUAGAACGGGUGAAGGCAAAGGAAGUCAUCCUUUUACGGGAUGGUCAGCUCUGGUUGUACUAAUAAUGGCAGAAAAAUAUUAGUCAUUCAAAUGCAUUUCUAUUACUCAAUGUGUUCAAAUAAAUUUUUGUAAUACUGUCUCAGUUUAAAACUAAUAUAACUUACUAAAAUUACAUCUGAAUUCUAUCAGACACCAUCAUCAGAUAUUCACUCAUCCUUCACAAUGAGUGAAGAUAAUAUCACCAUUGGUAUCCAACUAUGCUCAUAUACAUGUACUUGGUACACAGAGUGUAAUGAAUAUGUGAUAUGAUAAUAUUUUUGAUGUUAUUAAGAUUGAAAGUGAAUAUUUGUGAAUGAUAUUAUUAUUCUAAUGACAUGUAUGUUGGUUUACAAAUCCAUCUCUUUAAACCAGUUUUCUUUUGUAACAACUAAUUUUCGUACACCUAGUUUUUUUAAUCGGCAUUACCGGGGGGUAUUUGAUGCAUGUUGAUUGAAAGAAUGUAUGCCACUUUUGAAGAUGUCAGUUGUAUUUGUUAUUUCAAAGAUGUGGGUUGAGUUUUUGAUGCGUAAUUGGCAAAUCAUUUAAUUUUGUAUUUUAAAUCACAAAUAAUUUUAUUUUAUAGAUUGAGAGGUAGAUGUAUAAUAGUCAUUUGUAUUUUUAUCAACUUCAAGUUCACUGUGUAAAUGCAUAUGAAAUAAUUAUAAACUGAAAAAUUGCUCAAUUUCAGAAAUUUGUUAUUAUUUCUACAAAAGAGAUCUUUUAAGAAUGAAAAAGAUGUCUAAGCAUUACACUGUAACAUGUCAUCUUUUUGUUACAUUGAACUUAAACUUGGAUCUUGCUUUAGCCUUCAGUUGCUUUAGGAUGGCUCUUACACCACUUUUUGAUC